AAUGUGAUAAAAAUUGAAAUGUGAUGAUGUAUGCGUUAAUAUUGUAUUUAACAUUUAUGAAUAAAAGAUUAAAACUACAUUGUAUUUAACAUCUUCUCUGUCUUGCAGUAUUAGUUUCUCUUUCUAACUAUUGAUCACCUCUCAUUAAUUCCCUUCCAUGGUAACGCCUCCUCAUCAAACAAACUACCACGGAAGUACGAUGUGCUCAUCAACUUCACUGGAGAAGACAUCAACAGAAAAUUUGUUUCUCAUCUCAAUUAUGCCCUCUCUACUAUUGGUCUCACCACUUUCCUUCACUACAACAAUGCAGUGAAGUCAUCUCACAUCCAAGAACCUAUUCUCAGCCACUGUCGAGUAGCCAUUGUUGUUUUCACCCAAACCUAUUCUCAAUCUGCUUGGUGUGUUCAUCAGCUUCAACAAAUCAUCAAAUGGCACCAAACUUAUUGCCGACAUGUUCUGCCCGUAUAUUAUGAAAUCCAUCCAUCUGAUGUACGUCUUCAAAAGGGUUACUUUGGAAAAGCCUUGAAGGCAACUGCUGAACAAACAUUUUCAGGACAAGAACUGGAGGAUGGAAUGUCCAGGUGGAGCCAUGCACUCACCAAAGCUGCAAAUUUCUUUGGAUGGGCUGAGAGCAAUCACUGGAGUGAUGCUGAAUUAGUGGACAAAAUUGUUAAGAGCGUUGUUAAUUUACCGGUCUUGUCUGCUACUGAAUUUCCAGUAGAAAUAUUACAAUCCCGCGUGGAUGCUAUGUUUCUAACUAUCAAAAAUAAAUCCACUCGUGAAGUUUGUAUGAUAGAGAUAUGGGGAGACCAAGGACAUGGUAAAACAACUCUUCCCAAUGCGAUCUACAAUCAAAUUCAUUGUACAUUCAAGGAGAAAAGUUUCAUUGAAAAUAUUUUACAAGUUAGCGGAAUAAGAGGGUAUCUUCCUUUACUGGAAGAACUUUAUGAAUCGGGAAGAAUCAUUGAUUGGAAAGAAAGUAUGAUUCGGGAAACACUUUCUGGGAAAAGGGUGCUCAUUGUACUUGAUGAUGUGCCUUACAAUUAUGAACUUUUAGCACUAUGGACUUAUAAUCAUUAUUGGUUCAGUGAAGGAACUGUAAUAAUCAUUACAACAAGCGAUGAAGACCUACUGAUUUGCCAGCGGACAGAUUCUUUAUUUUGGAUAGAGCGAAGGAAAGGAGAGAGGUCCCUGGUUUAUAGUUGGCCAUUUAGAUCUUGCACACAAUCAUACGAAAGCCCAUACAAAAUCCCAUACGGAAGCCCAUACCAAAGCCUCGCACACAUAGAUCUCGACACAACAUACGUACAUCUCCACACUUUGUUAAUCCAUGACUUCUUCUAUAACUGCUAUUGA